AUGGCGCCGCCGGUCGCCCAGGCGAAGCCGAAGGAGAAGCCGAAGGAGAGGGCGCCAGGCGCCAAGGCGGAGCCUGAGGCACCGAAGCCAGUGAUCGGCAUCGGCGCGACGGUAGUUGGCCUCAAGGGCGAGGUCUGGGGCAAGGUCGAGAGGGAUGGCGGGACCGCGUGGUUCCUGGAGUCUGGGCGGAUGGUCAAGAAGGAGACGGUUGGCAAGCGAUGGAAGUGGCAGGUCCCGAAGCCCGCAGCAGCAGAUGGCGAUGAUCCGGAUAGCGACGACGACGAGGACUUCGUCGAGCUGGCGGACUCCAAGACCAAGGAGAGAACGACGCCAGCAACCCGCUGA